GGAAGCGGAGCAAAGGGAAGCCGGUCCCUGCCUGGGCCUGCCAUUUUGGACGGUGGAGGCGGAGGUGGCGGCGCUCUCGGAGGGAAUCCGCCGGGCAGCCGUCUAGGCGGGGUGGCUUGACUCUGGAGCCCGCUCCCCAGCCCCAACCGCACGAGAGGGCGCCCGGCCCGGCAGGGAGAGAUGAGCAGCAACAGUACCAAGCGAGCACCCACGACAGCCACCCAGAGACUCAAACAGGACUACCUGCGCAUUAAAAAAGACCCAGUGCCUUAUAUCUGUGCUGAACCUCUCCCGUCAAAUAUCCUUGAAUGGCACUAUGUGGUACGGGGACCAGAGAUGACACCGUACGAAGGUGGCUAUUACCACGGGAAACUGAUCUUCCCCAGAGAAUUUCCUUUCAAACCUCCAAGUAUUUAUAUGAUAACGCCGAACGGAAGAUUUAAAUGCAAUACACGGCUAUGUCUUUCAAUUACCGAUUUCCACCCCGACACGUGGAAUCCGGCGUGGUCUGUCUCGACAAUCCUAACGGGCCUGCUUAGUUUUAUGGUGGAAAAGGGCCCCACUUUGGGGAGCAUAGAAACUUCGGAGUUCACUAAAAGACAGCUUGCUUCGCAAAGCCUAGCGUUUAACCUGAAAGACAAAGUUUUCUCUGAAUUAUUCCCGGAAGUUGUAGAGGAAAUCAAGCAGAAGCAAAAGGCACAAGAGGAACUCCACAGCCGGCCCCCAGCCCUCCCGCUGCCCGACGUCGUCCCUGACGGGGAAACGCAUCACGGCCAGAACGGGCUGCCGCUCCUCAACGGGCACGUGCCAUUGGCAGCCGCUAACCACCCGGGCCUGCAGCAGGCCAAUCGGAACCAUGGACUCCUGGGCGGAGCUUUGGCGAACUUGUUUGUUAUAGUUGGCUUCGCAGCCUUUGCCUACACGGUCAAGUACGUCCUGAGAAGCAUCGCGCAAGAGUGAAGGCGCUUUGCGCCGGUUCCAAGACCAAAUUAGUGGUAGUGUCAGCGAAAAACAGAAAUGCAUUUGGGGACACUCUCUGGGCCUCAGACCUCUGAACCCCAGGAUAAAUAAUGUAAUGUACAGGUAAAAUGAAAUCUUGGUCUGGCUCAUGGGUUUAGUUUUGGGAAGGGGGAAGAUAGGAACAGGGGUUUUUUUUUAAAAAAAACUUUAAAACUGGAAAUAGACGCGAUCGGGAUUGAGCAGAGGAGGAAAGGGUUAACAUCCGCUCCCUUUUCCCCAGAUGCCCAAUUUUCUCUUUUUAGAGUGCAGAACAAACAAACAAACACUAAAGAGUACUGGCCCACAAAUGUAUUUUCUGCGGCAAUGUUUGAAUUGGCAUUAAAGCUCUUUUUUGCAUUCUGAAAUGCGCCCACUUGUUAGGGUAUUUCCGAGAGGUUUCCGGAGACGCGGAAGGCUGUGCAAGAUCAGAUUGGGGUGGAGGUGAAGGUUAAUUUUUCCAUCCCUGCUGCUACACCCACCCUGCCCCCUUUGCCCUGGGGAGCUGUCCCUUCUGGGACGGAGAUGCAGGCGGAAAUCCCAGAACCAGAGAAAAGCUCGGUGCCUUUCCCUUCUCCCUUUCAUACCCCCCCCCCUCCUCUGGGCCGAUCUGCACCCCGUCAUCUGGUUCCCAUAAAGCUAUGAAUAGAAACAGGAUCCUCCCGGAAGAGUCAGGCAAGAGUUGGUAACGUUUCCUUUCCCAAGAGCCACAUGGCGUGGUUUUAGCUCUGUGUGUGGGGUUUUUUUAAAAAUUGGAGUUUGAGGAGAGGGAGAAACGAAGUGUUUUCCCCCACCGUUACCUCCCGAGCGUGUGGCGAUUCGGAAACCUGGUGCUAAAAGGGAAAGGAAGCAGUCCAUUUUAUCAAAAGGGAGCGUGGGGGGGCGUCCUUUGCUGUCAGACGAAAUCAUGGUGAUCUUUGCACUGUUCAAGAUAACUUAAUGUGCGUUUUUAAGCGCACGUGUCCUUUGUCUUAAUCGUCAGAAUAAAGUAACUUCUUUGUUGUUUAAUCCCGGUUGGAAGAAGCUGCGCUAUCGCUAGUUACCCAGAAACCAGCCAGCAGACCGUGAAACCAGUCUAGUGUUGGACGGUGUUUUGCAAGUGUUUAUUUUUUUUUUUAAUGUGGGGCUUCUCCAGUUUGUGUUUGUUGGUGUUUAGUUCUCAAAAAGAAUCCCCAUUGCUUUAAUGCAAAGUUCCUGGUUGCAAUCAUGUUCAUGUUGCACCUGGCCGCAGGUUGUCGCUGUUCUUUUAAUAUUUUAUUUUAAUAAAGAGAAAAUCCAGAGUAGAGUUUUGCAACCAAUUUGGGGUGCCAGGGAAGUGCGAACAGGGCAGAUCACCCCGCUGAGUUCUCGGGCGACCCCGAAGAUCCAAACUCCCAAUAUUUCCUUCUUGGCAGUCCAACUUGUUCAGUUGGCGGAAUCUCUGGGGCGAUGUUUCCCUUGAAGGCGUUUGUGUGUGUUUAGUUGGGGGCGGGGGGAGAUCUCAGUGUGUUUGAAAGUUCUCCUGUUCCAGCUCCCCCAACCUGCUCAUAGAAAGCUAACAUGUCAGGUAAAAGGGACUCUUCUCUCAGAGGACGGUGCAAUCUUGUCCCUGCUAGCCUGAAGUGGGAAACCGCUAAUGGAUUGCGUCAAGUGGUUUCCGUAAGGCUGUUCGUAGUUGCAUAGCCACGAUCCAUUUAGGGCAAAUUUCCCAUUAUUGGCUCCAAAUUUCCCAUUAUUGGCUCCACUAAGAGGGGGAGAGCUGAGCCCCACAGGUUUGGGGAUGUGCGAUUUCAGAAGCUCCAGCCAGUGGUUCACUGUAAUGGUUCUAUCAGGAAAGACCCGUAAUAGAACUGUGUCUGUAAUAUACAUUUUAAUAGCUAGCCUGGGAGGUGGCUUGAAGUUGGGAGUGUGGGCGGGGCGGGGCGGGGGUUGUCAAAUGGAUCCUUUCCCCCUAAUCUUUGCCUUGGCCCACAGGCAAACGCCAGUGCCUUUCCAAGCUGCCCCUGACUCUUCAAAGCUCCUCCAGAAGGUGGGGCGUUCUAUGAACGAUUCCAGUUGGUCAGCAGCGUGUCAUCAGACUUAAGAUCCAAUCCGCUUUCAAUAAAGGUUUUACCUCCUGUGUUCUAAGAAUGCAGUAUCCCCCCCUCCCCCCCCCCCCACACACCCCUUUUUAGAAUCCAAGCCACUGCUUUUAUUUUCCUUUGAUCUCUGCUUGGAUGGGAUAAUUUGAGGUUACUGUGAGAAAACUAAAGGGGAGAUGAAGCACAGUUUGAAAGCAUUAAAUAAACCCAUGAGCCAUUUAGGGUAGCAGAACAAUCAAUUCAUGCUAAGGCCAGUUUCUCUGCAGUAGGUAUGGACUAGGCGACGCCGACCGGAUAGAUCUGUACAGUGGAAAGAAACAUCUCAAGGAAGAGGCCUGAUUGUUGGGGGGGGGGGGUGGCUGGCCGGGAAUGGGGUGGGGGGAGAGGAGCGUGCCAGGGGACGACUUCAGAUCUGUAUUUAUAAAACACUUUGGAGAUUUUAGGGUGUUUUUUUCUUUCCUUCCCCCUCUUUUUGGAUCAGAUUUUAUUUAUGACUGUUCUCCACCUCGGCUUCCUGUACAUGCUUUUCAUCUGCUCUGAUCACAAGAAGAUCUUAAUGUAUCUCUUUCUACAAA